GCAUCCAUCAGUUGCAUCACAUAUGCUUUCUUAUCCACUAUCUGAGGUGGAACACUAGAGUGCACACAAUGAGGAUCCUGGACACUCUUGAAUGGGCUUCCUCUUCCUCGACUACUGCAACCUUCUCAGUGGAUAGGUCGGACAUACAGUUGAAGAAGAUGGAGAUGUCAGAGCUCCAGCAUAAGAUUCAUGUCUUGUUCGAUAUUCAUGGUCAUGCUCACACUAUUCCGGAGUUCAAGUAUAUCGCUAACACUUUCUACCCUCUGCUUAACUGGUACGCAAUGAAGCUGGGGAUCAAAGUGUUUGAGAUCUACAGCAGGAACAAGUUGGUGGAUGAAGAUGCAAGUGUCACUUAUGAGUUUGUGGAGGGGAAGUGGAUGAGAGAUGGCCUUCAAGAUUAGCAUUGGUCUCUCCUAUCUUGGUACAGCAUGUGGGAGUGAGCGAUAGACUGUGUUGACUGAAAGUAAGUACUUGAUUCUUGAACGAACGUCUGUUGUUCUGACGAGUUUUUUGUGUUGUUGGACAAAGUGGAAGAAGUGUGGCAGCAAAUGGACCAAGAGCUUCGGCUCCCAGAAGGUUUCUUCGUCAUGACAAUUGAGUCUCUCGCGCUACUGGGACAAGUGACCAAAGCUGACCGCAAACGUCCAGGCUCGGCUCUUACAAGCACUGGCUCGUCACUUCGCCAAGCAAGGAAACAUGAAGAGAGUGGAGGAAAUGCUGGGCCUUGCCGAUAGAUACGAGCUGACACCAUCUUUCGGGAUUUACAACUAUCUCGUCACUGGGUACUUGGCCAGGAAGGACCCCCAGACGGCGGCCUCGAGGAUGAGAUUGGCGUUGAAAGUGGUGACCGAAGAGCGAGCAGUGCCAUCUUAUGCCGCUGUCACGGGAUUGCUUCCAUAUCUAGCAGUGGAGAAAGACGUGACGACUGCCGAGCAAAUGGUGCGGAGGUAUAGAGGCUGGACGGAUGACAACUUCCACAAGCUGCUGCUUAAUGUCUACGUAGAAGCUGGGAAAGGACCGUCUCCGGACAUAAAGUCGAGGUUCAGGCGCCUUCCCUGCGUUGGUCACGUUGAAGCCAGGCGGCUGGCUAUCAAGGCCUUCGCGUUAGAUCCAUAGCGAUUGCUGCGGUGACACUACGACUACUGGAGUACUUUUCUUCUCUUCGCGACGUCAAACGGACCUCCUCGUAGCUGCGGUUAUGCAAGUUCUUAUUGAGACGAAUGGCCGAGGUCUACAAAACCGAGCAAACCAGCUUGGCUUGGCUGAAGUGAUCAUCAUACAAGCGGCUGCCGAUAAGAUUUCAAGGAGAAGAGAGCUGUACAGGGAGCUAGAGCUGGCCCGUCCCGAGUGGACGUCUGGAUCUGUCCCCCGAGGCCCACGCACGGUAGUCCUUUUCAAGCUGCAAGGCAUCAAACACAGUUUUACGAA